AUGAAAAUUUCUAUUUAUGGAUUGACGCGAGCUUUGCUCUGUACCCUCUUGCUCCUACAGCCGGCGGGUGCGUUUCCAUGGCCCGGAUUACUGCAGCGAGCAACCACCUGCAAUGGUCACUCUGAGUUGUGUAGCCGUUCAUACUCAAAUGUCUCAUUCGUGGGCUCGCACGACUCGGCCUUCGUGGGGGACCUCCCCCAAGACAAUCAGAAUAUCGAUGUCACGGCGCAAUUGAACAUGGGCAUCCGUUUCCUGCAGGCACAAACACAUCAUUCGCUCCUAGACGACGAUGUCCUAGAGCUAUGUCACACUUCCUGCUUGCUCAAGGAUGCCGGUACCCUGGAGUCUUACCUGUCCACCGUCAAGGGCUGGCUGGAUUCAAAUGCGGACGAAGUUGUCACCCUGCUAUUGACGAACGGUGACUCUGUCGCGAUCUCCAAGUUCGGAGAUACGUUUGCAAGCAGUGGAAUCGAUAGCUAUGCGUAUGUGCCGUCGUCGAAUCCCAUUUCUAUUGACGACUGGCCGACCAUCGGCGACCUGAUUUCGAGUGGAAAGAGACUAGUUGUGUUCUUGGACUACGGUGCCGACACCACCCAAGUAGACUAUAUCCUCGAUGAAUUUGCCUAUUACUUCGAGACAUCCUACGAUGUGACUGAUGCGAGCUUUCCGAGCUGUAGCAUUGACCGGCCCGCCGGAGCCUCCGCGUCAGGCCGGAUGUACAUCGUCAAUCAUUUCCUUGAUAUUGAUAUCCUGGGGAUUGAUAUCCCGGACCGCGACGCUGCAUCAACCACCAACGCCGUGAGUGGUGAGGGCAGCAUUGGGGCGCAAGCAUCCGAGUGCGAGGCAUUGUAUGACCGAGCUCCAAAUGUCGUGCUGGCAGAUUUUGUGGACAAGGGCGCGGUGAUUGACGCACAGAAUGCACUGAACGGGCUCUAG